UUGCCUCAUUAUAGCUGAUGGCUUUGAAUUAGAACACAGAGUAUUUGUGUGUGUGUGUCAGAUUGUGUGUGUUAAGUGGGAGUGUUAAGUGUGGAGGGUGUCCAGAAUAUGUGAGCUGUUGCUUGCCGUUCACUCCCAGCUUGAAGCUCAGCAAAUGCAUCAGGAGAGAAAAGAGCAGAGGCACACAGAAACUGACUGAGAGCAAAUUAAUGGGCACCAGCGCAGAGAAAAUUGUUGUAGACUGACACCAUGGAUGAAGCUGCAGGCUGGUCUCCUCGUGGCUCCCAUGGAGCUCGGCAGUAGGAUGCAAGUGUGUGUCUCCAUCUGUUUGCUCCCACAGAUGACUUCCCAUCUUUGCUUACUCAUCCUGUCUGGCUUGGCAGUCUCAUCCCAACUUGGUUUGGAGGACGUUUUCUUCAGUCCGCAGGACCAGACAGUCAGAGAAGGAGAGGGAGUUUUCCUCCGGUGUGUAUCAGGGGAGAGUUCACCUCCAGCAAGCAUCACAUGGCUCAAAGAUGGAAAGGUGGUCACAAGAGGUAGACAGAUUCAGGGUGAAUAUGGAGGUGGCCACCAGAAGAAAACGUCAGGCACUCUUCAUCUUUUCAACGUAACAUUAGAAGAUGAAGGGGUUUACGUUUGUGUCACACACAAUCCUUCACUGAACAUCAGCAAGAAGAGCAAACAAGCCAGACUUACUGUGCAGGGGGUCCCUCGGAGGCUGCAGUUCAUCCAGGGCCCUGACAACAUCACUGUUGCUAUAGGAACUGAAGUCUCCAUGCACUGCAGUGUUCUCGGCUUCCCUGUUCCCAUGGUGCACUGGUUCAAAGACGGGUGCCUCCUGAUGAACUGCUCCGGCUCGUUCAGCCUCCAAAACAAUGGACAGCUGCUCACAUUCAGGUCCAACACUGCAUGGCAGAACAGGAAUAUUAAUUCUUUAUUGUUUAACUCCAACUGUGGUUGA